AUGAGGCGGCGUAGCCCGUCAGGAUCCUACUACGAUUUUGGUGGAAGCGGUAUUCCUCGCUCCCCCUCCGACUACGGUGUGGAUCCUCACUCACCGCAUGGUUCCCAUGGUUACAAGGAGGGUCAUGCUCUGGACCAGCAGCAGCAGCGGCAGCAGCAGCAGCAGGACAGGGAGUUGCGGCGGCGUGAGGAGGAGUUCCAGGCGCGGUACAGAAGCGAUCCGAACCUGGCCCGCUACCCGGUGAAGCCUCAGCCGUGUGAGGAACAGAUGAGGAUGCACGCUCAGGUGGGCCGAGUUCGACACCAGCGCCGCCACAGCGACGUGUCUCUGGCCCACACUGAGCUGAGCGGCCUGCAACCCGCCCUGGGAACCUUCCGCCAGGUGCUCCGGCAGCCCCGGGCUCCAGGUAUGGGGGCUGCAGGAGGUCAGAGGUCAUACUCAGUGGACCGAGCCAGUCACCACAGCCCCACCUCCCCCCACCGUAGCCCUGUAUCCCAGCAACAGCUGGAUCCAAUCUCCACCCUGAGGUCGAAGGCAGCCAAUGAGGGCCGGCUUCCGAGGGGGAAGAUGAUGCAUGUAGCAGGAAGUUUCAGCAGCUCGGAGGAGGAGCUAGCUACGACACCUGAGUACAGCAGCUGUGACGAGCAGGACAGAGAGAUGGAUGGCCAAUGGUGGGAUCAUGGGUCUUGGCAUGGGGAGACCACGCCCAUAUCUAUGCACCCGGUAAUAUGGCAACCAUCCAAAGAUGGGGAGCGUCUGAUUGGUCGAAUUCUCCUGAACAAACGCAUGAAGGAUGGGACCAUUCCUGCUGAUACUGGAGCUCUGCUUGGACUCAAGGUAGUAGGAGGGAAGAUGACAGAGUCGGGCCGCCUUUGUGCGUUCAUCACUAAAGUGAAGAGAGGAAGUCUAGCUGACACUGUAGGACACCUACGACCAGGGGACCAGGUUCUGGAGUGGAACGGUCAGGUUCUGCAGGGUGCCACAUUUAAAGAGGUCUACAACAUUAUCCUGGAGUCCAAACCUGAGCCGCAGGUGGAGCUGGUGGUGUCACGACCGAUAGGGGAUGCUGCCAGAAUCACUGAUGGCUCUCACAUCCAGCUGGAAUCAAGCUCUAGCUCCUUCGAGUCUCAGAAAAUGGCUCCGUCCAUAUCAGUGACAUCUCCCGUGAGCCCUGGUGUGUUACGUGAUGCGCCGCAGUACAUGUCAGGACAAGUCUCUAGUCCAUUCCUCAGACAGAGUUCACCCCUGGUCCCCAGGGUCCAGGUGAAGUUGUGGUAUGACAAGGUGGGUCACCAGCUGAUUGUCACAAUCCUGGGAGCCAAAGGAUUUUCUGCAAGAGAGGACGGGAGACCCCGCAACCCCUACGUCAAAAUCUACUUCCUCCCCGACAGAAGUGACAAGAGCAAGCGGAGAACAAAGACAGUGAAGAAAUCAGUGGAGCCCAAAUGGAACCAGACCUUCAUGUACUCACCAGUCCACCGCCGCGAGUUCAGAGAGAGAAUGUUAGAACUGACUGUAUGGGACCAGGCCCGGGUCCAAGAGGAGGAGAGCCAGUUCCUAGGAGAGAUUCUAAUUGAACUGGAAACAGCAUUACUGGAUGACCAGCCCCACUGGUACAAACUGCAGACACACGACCUGUCUUCCCUUCCUUUACCAAACCCCUCCCCCUACCUGCAGAGACGGGUACUGCAAGGAGACAGCCCAGCACGCAGACUGCAGAGGUCUCAGAGAAUCAGUGACAGUGAGUUUUCCGACUAUGACUGUGAAGAUGGGAUUGGUGUCAUAUCAGAUGACAGACUGAAUGGGCGGGACUUCCAUAGUUCCACUCUCUCUGUCCCGGAGCAGGUGAUAACAUCCAGUCACUGCUCUCGAUCUGAAGUGGUGAGGAUGAGGUCACGGUCGCCAAGUCAACCGCCUCCACAAAGUGGCAACCUGCUGUACCCCCUGUACCGGGAGGAGGCGGUUCGCUUGCUUCGCAGUACCAAGAUGAACCGAGCGUUCUCAGAUGCAGGGCACUACAGUAGUCUAGACAGCCAAGACUACAUCCCAGAAUUCCCCUCUGAGCCAGACACCUACAUUGAUGAACUGCUGAGGUACAGUCGGGGGAUGGAUCGCCGUGACUACUACAGCCGUUCUCGGUCAGCUGACCAGCGGGCCAUGGAGGACUGCCCCCUCUACACACGCUCCCGCUCUACCGACCGAACUGACCCCGCCUACAUGAGGUCACAGCCACCCCUCCCCUCAGGACGCUCCGCCCCCCCCUCACCUGCCCUCACCAGGGCCAACCCUCGAGAUGGAUCAGCACACACCAGCCCCACCGCGACUCCUGUCAAUCACCGGAAAGGACGUCAGCUCCCUGCCCUACCUAACAAAAGCAACAUGGACAGAAGUGGAAUGAAGGAUCAGUCUAAGUCUUCAGACAGUGAUGUCAGCAACGUGUCGGCCGUGUCCAGCGCUUCUCGCCUUAGCAGUACCUCUGAGGCUCGCCCUCCACGCAGGAUAAGGGUGGCUGGUGGAGCUGGCGGUUCCAUCACCAAGUCCUCAAGUGUUGGUGGAGAGAUCUGCUCACUGGGGAGAAAUGACGACGAUGACGACGACAAGAAGAGACGCUCCAGUUUUGGUGCCAAGAUGAUGGGAAUGGUGGGACUGGGCAAAAAGAGCCAGAGCACUUCCCAGCUCCACCCUGAGGAGGAGGAGAAGAAGAAGAAGGUAGUGCGUCUCCCGGUCCAGAGGAGUGUAGAGACGGGUUUGGCCAUUGAGUUCAAGUCUCGUUUCACACGACAGCCCAGCAGAGACCUGGAUGCAGAUGAACCUAAACCAGGAGCGUACGCAAGCAAACACUCUCUGAUCUUCCCAGGAGUGAAGUUAGCAUCUGAUAAACAGUUCACUGGCUUCCUGGAGGGAUUAGGACCUGCCCAGUUGGCUGGGCGUCAAACUUUAGCCACAUCCUCUAUGGGUGACAUUCAGAUUGGCAUGGUGUACAGGAAGGAGCGUCUGGACGUGGAGGUGAUCCGAGCCAGGGGCCUUGUGGGUAAACAAGGCAACAAGAACACACCAGCACCCUAUGUGAAAGUUUAUCUGAUGGAUAAUGGAAAGUGCGUCCUGAAGAGACGGACACGUCUGGCCAGGAAGACACUGGACCCGCUCUACCAACAACAGCUGCAGUUUGAGGAGAACCCUGAGGGCAAGGUCCUCCAGAUCAUUGUGUGGGGUGAUUAUGGGCGGAUGGACCACAAGUCUUUCAUGGGAGCUGCGCAGAUCCUAUUGGAUGACCUGGACUUGUCUAACAUGGUAAUUGGGUGGUUCAAACUGUUUCCCCCCACUUCGUUGGUCGAUCCUGCCUUGGCCCCACUCACCAAUAAAGAGACUGAAGGCAGCAAGUCGUAG